UAUAAAUAUUUCUAUCUACCCGCUAACGCAAUGUCUAAGUGUGAUAUUUGUAAAAAAACGGUUACCAAAUCAAUUCCUGGUUGCGAGUGUAACAAGUGUGAAAGAAUUGUUCAUCUUAACACCCGAUGCAGUGGUCUAACUAAUAAGCAGAUUGCCGCGCUUAAGGCUGCCCCUAGUUUAGAAUGGACCUGCUUGGAAUGUCAGCGCGAGUCACCCAGACGUAACUCAUCUAUUAUUAUUCCCGAAGACGACGAUGAAGACGACACCCAUGUACAGAUAAACGCGAAAAAGUUGCUGAGUAACAUAACGAGGGAAGUCGAAAAAGCAAUAAAAAGUGAAAUGCGCGAACUAAAUGAAGCAUUACAAUUUCAUAGCGCUAAAUUAGAUGAAGUCGUAGAAAGCAUGGAUACAUUCAAACAAACUAUUAAAACACUAGAGCGGAAGAACAUCGAACUAACAAACCGAAAUAAUAAUCUAGAAACUCGUGUCGGUGCAUUAGAGCAACGCCUACAAGAAAUUGAACAAGCAAAACUCUCAAAAUACGUGGAAAUCGCAAACAUUCCGCAUGAAGCUACAGAGGUUGUCAACAAGUUAGUAGAAAAGGUGGCACUAAAACUUAACCAGCCGGUCGAAAGUAUCAGGAGUUCACGCCGACUACAAAGCAAAAACCAACCAGCUAAUAUAAUGGUGGAAUUAAGAAACGAAAAAGCACAAGAAGAUUGGCUAACGGCUGCCAGAUCCUACAAUACUAAGGUAUCAGAUGUCUGCCCAUCCCAUCUAAAUAACAACAACACCGUUUUUAUUAGAGAAGCCAUGACAAAAAUGAAUAAAAAUUUGCUAUGGGAAACUAAGCAAGAACUAAAAAUCAAUCUAAAUUUCAAGUAUGUAUGGUUUAAGAAAGGAUUCGUUAAAGCUCGUAAAGAUGAUAGUUCAAAAAUUUAUAUUAUUAGAAGCUCGGCGGACAUACACGCUAUAGCAAAAAGUAAAUCCUAAACUUUGUUUUGUAUUGAAAUAGGUAGUUAACGCUUGCAACAGAUCAUAAAAUUGUAUAUAAUAUGGAUAGUUUACAAGAUAAUGUCUAUGAAGUCUUCGAUUGUAUAAAUAUAAACGAUUUUUUAAACAACAUCCCCAAUAUGCCUAUAAAUCUAUUGUGUAUCCACAUUAAUAUAAGAUCCGUCAUUAAAAACUUUGUUACAUUACAACAGUGUAUAUCAUCCGCACAAAAGCGCAUUGAUGUUAUUAUACUUACUGAGGUUAACAUUACGGAUAAUAUUAGUAGCUUAUAUCACUUAAACGGCUAUCAAAUGUAUACGUCUCUAAGAAAAUGUAAAAGGGGUGGGGGUAUUAUUGUAUAUGUAAGUAAUAAACAUACAUGUUACGUACACAAUGUAAACACAAAUUA